UGAGGAGGCGGGGGUACUACUUUACGCCGAGGAGGAGAGCGUGCAAAUGCGUCUCGCGGUCGAGGAUCAACCAAGAGAAAAUGAAUAGUAAAAUGGUUAUUGCCACGCUAUGACCAGAAAAAAAUAAAUCUUUGUUAACGUGAGUGAACAACGAUGGAUUCGUCGCACGAAAUGGAUCCAAGUGUAUCGAGAAACGAGGCAGCUAUAAGAUCAGAGCUGUACUUCUUAAUAGCGAAAUUUCUAGCAUCGGGGCCAUGUCAAGAGACUGCCACUACGCUUAAGCGCGAAUUGGAGCGUGCGAAGGUAUUGCCGGAAAGAAUCGAUUGGGAGGGAAAUUCCCAUAGUCAAAAUUUCGAAGAACUUGAGAAUAAAUAUUCUCACAUAGGACCAGAAUACUUGCUACAAAUAUGUGCAAGAAUAGGUCCGAUUUUAGAAAAAGAGGUACCACCAUGUAUUCCAGGAAUUGUAUCAUUACUAGGAGCUGGCCGACAAUCUUUACUACGUAUACACGAAGAUCAAUCUCGUCGAAUACGUGGUAUUUCUGCUUGCUCUGGAAGGUUCGGAGGAAAACCUUUUAUGGAUCUUCCUAAUAAUUUAACGGGGAAUAAUAUAGUGCGUAUUAUUCAAGCAAGGGAAAACUCAGGUCCUUUAAGUCGUAGAGAAGCUAUACCAACCAAAUUUUAUAGUAAAAUGCAACUUUAUCGACAUACAUUAGGACAUUUGUCAGCAGUUUAUUGCGUUUUGUAUGAUCGAACAGGAAAAUAUAUUGUUACUGGUGCAGAUGAUUUACUUGUUAAAGUAUGGAGCUCUGUAGAUGGCCGACUAUUAGCUACAUUUCGAGGUGUUUCAGCUGAGAUAAUGGAUAUAGCCAUAAACUUUGAUAACACCUUACUAGCUGCUGGAAGCUUAGAUCGGAUACUUAGAGUUUGGUGUUUCCAAACUAUGUCCCCUGUGGCUGUUUUGUCCGGACAUUCUGGUAUGAUAACAUCUAUAAAUUUUUGUCCUAUUGCUUGCAAUGGUGUUUAUUAUAUGGUAUCCACAAGUACGGAUGGUUCUGUUGCAUUUUGGUCUCAUACGAAGCAACCGAAUGAGAGGGUGGUAUUUCAACCUAAACCGAUCCAGUAUCAUGAAAAAAUGAGACCUGGCCAAGCUCAAAUGAUAUGUGCAUCAUUCAGUCCUGGUGGUUCAUUUGUGGCUGCUGGCUCUGCAGAUCACCAUGUGAGAGUUUACAUGAUGUCAGGUGAAGAAGGACCGCGUAGAGUUUUAGAAGUUGAAGCACAUUCUGAUACAGUUGAUAGUAUUCAGUGGGCUCACCAGGGUUUAAGAUUUAUUUCUGGAUCUAAAGAUGGUACUGCGAAUGUAUGGCAUUUUGAACAACAACAGUGGGUCCAUAAACGCCUUCUUAUGACCACAAGACUCCCUGGAGAGCCAGAAACAGACGACGAUUCCAAUAAAAAAACUAAAGUUACUAUGGUUUGUUGGGACGUAAGUGACGAAUGGGUAAUUACAGCUGUAAAUGAUAGUUCAUUGAAAGUGUGGAACUCAAAGUCAGGAGAAUUAAUAAAAGUCCUUCGUCGUCAUAAAGAUGAGGUGUUUGUAUUGGAAUCUCAUCCGAUAGAUCCUCGUGUUAUAUUAAGUGCUGGUCAUGACGGACAGCUUAUUAUUUGGGAUGUUUUAAAUUCUGAACCAGUGGCUUGUUUUCAAAAUUUUAUUGAAGGACAAGGAAAUGGUGCCGUGUUUGAUGCAAAGUGGUCUCCCGAUGGAACAAUGAUUGCUGCUACCGAUUCUCAUGGUCACCUUUUAAUGUAUGGAUUUGGAUCUGGGGUCGAAAAACUUAAAAUAGUACCGAAAGAACUUUUUUUUCAUACAGACUAUAGACCAUUAAUUAGGGAUUCAAAUAAUUAUGUUUUGGAUGAACAAACGCAAACAGCUCCUCAUUUGAUGCCACCUCCAUUCCUCGUUGAUGUAGAUGGUAAUCCAUACCCUCCGGCAUUACAAAGAUUAGUACCAGGUAGAGAAAAUUGUCGGGGAGAGCAAUUAGUACCUAAUAUAGCCGUUGGUGCUGGAGGAAUGCAAGAGGUAAUAGAGGGUCUUCCCGUGCAAGAACCAAGAUCCAAUAUUGACAGAUUGAUAGAAGCUCUUGCACAGAGACAAAAUAUUGGUGCGGAUGGCGAAUUACCUGUUAAUGAUAGAGAAGGUGAAAAUAUUGGAGAACAACCAAUUCGUCAAAUUGCUAGUCCACGUGGUAGUAGACCAGGUUUAAGGAGAGUCGGUGAUGUCGAAGGUGUUAGACAAAGUAGUGGUAAUUGGCAAAGAGAUAACUACACAUCUUGGAAUAAACCACUUCUUGCUAAACCUAUGAGUCAAGCUCUUAAAGAAACGCGAUAUAAUGCGCUUUGUGCAAUGGCAGAUAUGGAGUUAGAAAUUUGGAGGCGAGAAAUGCGAAGCAGACCUCAACCUGCUUUGAACGCUACAGCUGUUCAAGAUAGUAUAGGAAGUAAAGUAGUUAAUAGAAAACGUAAUAGAUGUGCUAGACAUGGAUAUAGAACUAGAGCAGCACGUGAUGAAGAACGAGAAGACGAAGAAUUCGAAAAUCCUGAAAAUGGAGGAACUACAGGUAGCUCAGCUAGUAGUAAUACGAAUGAUUCUACCGCAAAUGAAGAAGAUUUGUGUUCAGAUAGCUCCACUUCUGAAUGUAGUACACAAUAUUCAGAUUGGAUUGCAGAUCAUGGUUUAAAUCUUGAACCACCUAAACGUAGUAAACGUAAGCCUAUUAAGAAAAGGUCUCUUACUCCACCAAGUGAUAUAGAGAGAAGACGUAAUAAAAGUCGUACAGCAAAGAAAGCAUAUAUUUAUAGUGAAGAUAUUGAUGAAGUUCCUGAAGUUCUACGACCUCCUGAAUGGCUUACCGAAGUAGUACCACGUAAAGCUCCAUAUUAUCCACAAAUGGGUGACGAAAUAGUAUAUUUUCGUCAGGGUCACCAAUUUUAUUUAGAUGCUGUUAGAAAUAAAAAAGUUUAUGAACUUGGUUUAAAUAGUGAACCAUGGGCUAAAGUGCACAUAAGGGCACAAGAAUUUGUGAAAGUUGUUGGUAUAAAGUACAUAAUACGUCCACCUCGACUUUGUUGUUUGAAACUUGCGUUAAUGGAUGAAGAAGGACGAUUUACAGGAGAAAAUUUUACAAUUAAAUAUCACGAUAUGCCAGACGUUUUGGACUUUUUAGUUUUACGUCAAACAUUCGACAUAGCAUUGGCUCGCAGCUGGUCUGAAGGUGAUAGAUUUCGAUGUAUGAUCGAUGAUGGAUGGUGGAUGGGACAAAUCCAAUCUAUGGAACCAUUAGAUGAUGAUUUUCCUGAAUCAUUUUUUAUGUGUUUCCGUGUACGUUGGGAUAAUGGAGAAUAUGAACGAAUGAGUCCAUGGGAUCUUGAACCAAUUGAUGGAGACAGAUUACCCGCAGAAAUCGGAGGAGCAGUUCCUGUACUUCCAGAGGAGAUACAAGCUAUAUUAUAUCAACCUACUCCAGAAGAAUGGCCAAUGGGUGAUAGAGAUGCGACAUGUCGUAGAAUUAUAAGAGGCCUUGACCAAGUAAUGAGCCUUGCGAUAGCAGAACCUUUUGUGGCACCAGUAGAUCUCAAUGUGUAUCCUGGUUAUGCAUUUGUUGUACAAUAUCCCAUCGAUUUAUCAACUAUAAAAGCUCGUUUUGAAAAUCAUUUUUAUCGAAGAAUUACAUCUGCCCAGUUUGAUAUUAGAUAUUUGGCAACAAAUGCUGAGAUAUUUAAUAAACCUCAUAGUGGGAUAGUGAAAUGGUCAAGGAUAAUAACUGAUUUAUGCUUACGUAUAAUAAAAGAAACUACGGAGCUAGAUGUACCCGCAGUAUAUCAUCAAUUAGCUGAUACAUAUUGCUCUUCAGAAUCUGAUGCAGAUGCUGCUGUAAAAGAUAAACCUUCAACGAGUACACAAAAAUUAACUACCAGUCGAAAUCUUCGAUCGCAAGAAAUGUCACAGAAUUGGACAUUGGCAUGUAGACAAUUAUUGGAUACUUUAUGGCAGUGCGAGGAUUCAAUUCCUUUCAGAGAGCCAGUUGAUAGAUUAGAACAUCCAGAUUAUCAUCAAAUAAUAGAUACACCAAUGGAUUUACGCACAGUAAAAGAAGACUUGUUAGGAGGAAACUAUGAAACACCUUUAGAAUUUUCUAAAGAUAUGAAGUUAAUAUUUACGAAUAGUAGAAAUUAUAAUACCAACAAACGUUCAAGAAUAUUCUCUAUGACAAUAAGAUUAUCAGCAAUGUUUGAAGAACACAUGCGUAAAAUUAUUUCUAAUUGGAAGUCGGCAAGAAGACGUAAUAAUAAUACAAAAGUAAAUGUCAAAACGAAAGUACAGAAACGAAAGCAACGUUUAACAAAUGGGACUGGACCAUCCAAAAAAAAGAUUACUUGUACCGAAGAUGAGGAUAUGAUUACAGAAGAUGAAGAACCAGUUGUGCAGCAGAAAAAGAAGCCUGCUAAUUUACACGAACCAGGUCCAUCCCGAAUAACUAAUGGUGCUCCAAAACAUGCAGGUAGUUCAACACGUUCGAUGUUAAAAUUGAGAAUUCCUAGAUCGAUAGUGCAAAGAAAAAUUAAAAAAAGUGAUAGUGAAUGUAGUGAAUCCGAAGCAUCGAUGGAAAGUGAUAGUAGUCAUGGUCCUCCUGUUAGACGAACUAGAGCAAGGAAAGCAGUAAGCAGUGAGAGUACAGACAAUGAUUCUGGAGAAGUUUAUACUCCUGGUGGUCGUGGAAAACAAACUCGUAAAAUUCGUAGUAAAAAUAGUAAAAAUAAUAGACAAGUUAAAUCUAAUUCUAAACAGUUUGUUAUUCCUGAUGAUGAUGCAGAAGAUGAUGCAGAGGAUCAAGAUCAGUUUGUUUCUGAAUCUUCAGAAGAAGAAAGUGAAGAAGAAGUAAUUCAGAAGAGUAAUACAAGAUCGCGAAAGUUGCCAAAUGCAGCAGCUUCAAAACAUACUGCAAAUAAUAGAAAAAAUAAUGUUUCUGAAAGUCGUUCUGAUGAUGAAGAAGAAGAAGAAGAGGAAGAGGAGGAAGAAGAAGAAGAGGAGGAAGAGGAACAAUUGCAACAUGGUACUAACAAUGAAGAUUCGGAUAGCGAUGAUACAGAAGAAGUUGUGGAGCCCUCAACAUCUCAAAGAAAAUCACGAACAUCUAGAGAAUCUAAUCAUCAACAUGUAUUAUCUAAUUCUCGGAGAAGUAAAAAGCGUGCACGUUAUAACGAAGACAGUGAUGCAAGUAGUGCAUUACCAGUGAGAAAUAGACGUAAAAUCAAACGACGCGAUUAUGCUGAAGAUGAAAGUGAUGAUGAUAGUAUACCAGAACCUGGAAUAAGCAUAAGUAGUAGAGGCCGAGUGAGGAAAAUGACAGCUCGUGCACGUGCUUUUCUUUUAGAAUGACCUUAACAGCAGCAUUCUAGUAAUGUAUCAUUUAGAUAAAAAUUAUCGAUUUACGAGUAAAUAAAAGAAGAAGAAAAAUAAAUUUGACCUGAUGACAUUGAAGAUAGAGUGUAAUCAUAAUGGACAAAUAACACUCUAGAUAAAAAACACUUAGAUAAAUGCCAGAUGUUUAGCCUGAGAAAAUUUCAGGAUAUUCUUAUGCAAAAAAGUGUGUAUACUUGAAACUAUUAACAGCAAUAUGAGUUUAAUACUCCUGCAACAAUGUACUUCCAUUAUUAUGAGAUAGAGAAAAUAAAGGUAUUUUUUAACGUUUAAGUGCAAAUGUAAAAAGACUAUCAAGAGAAAGAAUUUGAAGCAAAGUGAAAGAACAUUAAUCCGCCCUAUAAUACUCUUAUCAUGUCAAUAUUAUUUAAUGACAUUUGAAGAAUCAAUUGAAAAAAGACAGUUAAAGAUUUUAAAAGUGUGAGUGAUCAUAUUUUUGAAUAUGUUAUUUGUUUAUCUCUUAAGCAUAUAAAAUUAAAUAAUAAUUUUUAUUCUCAGUAUAAAAAUUUAUUUUAUGUUUGCUAUUUACUGGAUUACUAAAAACUUUAAGCAGUUUGUUAUUGAUUCUAUAUCAACAUUUAUAAUCCGUAUAAAAGCAUUUCGAUUCUAUUGGUUACAUUUUAAUUGCACGUUA